AUUGAUCAAAGUUCAUAAAGUCAAAUGUCAAAUUGAUUUGAUAACCUCAAAAAAUUAUAAGCCUCGUUGCCCGGUAAUUCCAGAAAAUUCGUACUGUUAAGUACAAAUAAUAAAGUACCUUUUCAUAUCCUCAGGAAUAGAAUAAUUAAUAAAAAUGAGCGGAGUCUUGAAACGUUUAGUACCUCUUUUCGACCGUGUGCUUAUCAAGAAAGCGGAAGCUAUAACUAAGACGAAAGGUGGUAUUGUUAUACCUGAAAAAGCACAAGGCAAAAUUUUGCAUGGCACCGUAGUUGCUGUAGGACCUGGCCAAAGAAAAGAGGAUGGUACUCACAUUCCCAUAGCAGUUAAAGUAGGCGAACAAGUUCUUCUGCCUGAAUAUGGUGGCACCAAGGUGGAAGUUGAAGAAAACGUAGAAUACCAUCUCUACAGGGAAACAGACAUUCUUGCUAAAGUAGAUGCGUAAUUAUUUGUAUUCGACUGAUAUAUUUACUAAACUGUAAAAAUGCAGGACAUUUUUUGUCUUUAAAAAGUAUGAUCUGUUAAUGUACUUUUGAAGUUUCACGUUAUCGUUUUUAUAAAACAAAAUGAAACGUUGUAAGCAAUAUUUCUGACUAGCUUUUAUUAUCUGUUGUCAGAAAUAUUGCAUGGCUGUUUUAGUCUGCAUUAGGAAAUAGAAAAGUUGUUUUUACUUAUUAAAUAAGAUGUUUAUAUAA